CUGAAGUCGGGCUGCGCGGAAGAGCAGGCGGAAAAGCAAGCCGCCGACUUAACUCUCGCGAGAAGUAGAGCGUAGCCCUCGGAGAGGGGCGGAGGAGCCGAGGUGCACCACGUGGGGAGUCCCUCCAGCGCGAAAUCAGGAUCUUCCCUAGCUUGGAUCUAGGUUGCGUUUGGAAUCGUGGAGAUGCGGAAGGAAACCCCACCCCCGCUCGUGGCCCCGACGGCCCGCGAGUGGAACCUGCCCCCUAAUGCGCCGGCCUGCAUGGAAAGGCAGUUGGAGGCUGCACGGUACCGGUCUGAUGGUUCCCUCCUGCUCGGGGCCUCCAGCCUGAGUGGUCGCUGUUGGGCCGGCUCUCUGUGGUUUUUCAAGGAUCCGAAUGCAGCCCCCAACGAAGGUUUCUGCUCUGCCGGCGUCCAGGCCGAGGCUGGAAUAGCCGACCUCACUUGGGUAGGGGACAAAGGUAUCCUAGUGGCUUCUGAUUCAGGUGCUGUUGAAUUGUGGGAGCUAGAUGAAAACGAGACACUUAUUGUCAGCAAGUUCUGCAAGUAUGAACAUGAUGACAUUGUAUCUACUGUCACUGUCCUGAGCUCUGGCACACAAGCUGUCAGUGGUAGCAAAGACUUCUGCAUCAAAAUUUGGGAUCUGGCUCAGCAGAUGUCACUGAAUUCAUACCGAGCUCAUGCGGGACAGGUCACCUGUGUUGCUGCCUCUCCCCACAAAGAGUCUGUGUUUCUUUCAUGCAGUGAGGACAGUAGAAUUUUGCUCUGGGAUACCCGCUGCCCCAAGCCAGCGUCACAAUUAGGCUGCAGUGACUCUGGCUACCUCCCUACCUCCCUGGCUUGGCAUCCUCAACAGAGCGAAGUCUUUGUCUUUGGUGAUGAGAAUGGAUCAGUGUCCCUUGUGGACACCAAGAAUCUAAGCUGUACCCUCAGCUCAGCUGUGCACUCCCAGUGUGUCACUAGAUUGGUAUUCUCUCCACACAGUGUUCCCUUCCUGGUCUCUCUCAGUGAAGACUGCUCACUUGCUGUGUUGGAUUCAAGCCUUUCUGAGGUGUUUAGAAGUCGAGCGCACAGAGACUUUGUGAGAGAUGCUACGUGGUCUCCACUCAAUCACUCCCUUGUUACCACAGUUGGCUGGGACCAUCAGGUCAUCCACCAUGUUGUGCCUCUGGAGCCUCUUGCAGCCCCUGGACCUGAGCUUGUUGUGGAGUAGAAUGGAUUUCAGAAAAAAAAAAAAAAGCAAGCCCUCCACCCACAAGAGUCUACUUGCUUGCCCCUGCCUUCCAUUUAUGAGAGCACCGGAGCCUUGUAGAGCAUGUUUACUCCCUAGUCCCGUGCAGUAAAUAGGCAGAUUCUCAGCCUGAGGGAGGCUGCAUCCCAUAGUGACUCAAGGAAAGCCUUCAUAGACGGAUGUAUGUGUGAGAGCACAUGUGUAUGAGUGUGUUAUGUAGCUUGGGUGGGGAAAUUACCCUUCAGCUCUCCCAAAGCAAUGCUCUUUACCCUGAACAAAGUGACCAGAGGGUUUUGUGCUUCCCGUAUCUGGGAAUUGGCUGUGUUGUUUGGAAUAUGGAUUGUGAAUAUUCCCUGGAUGGGAAUACUUCACAAUACUCAGAGAUGUGGUAACUUAUUUUUAUAUAGAAUUUAAUUCAUUUUAUUAUUCAGUUAUGGGAAAUACUUAUACAAAAGUCUAGCCCAGUGUACCGUAAGAAGACACACAGGACAUACCAAUUUUAUAUAAAUCCCUAUUAAAACGAAUCACUCAUUUUUUGGUGAAUAAAUUUGGCUGUCAUAGUGUAGUACUUGCUCACCCCUUUCCCUCCUCAGUGUUGUGUGUGAGAGAGAUGAAUGUUUUCCUGUCCUAGAUUUCACAGACAAGUUCUAGGGAUGAUGGAACACUUAGAGAUGUUUUAGUGAAAUGAGAAAACUGAUAUGGGUUGUUACAGAGACGUCUGUAUCUUUUUCUUCAUGUAAAGAUGCCCUGAGGCCUGAUUGUCUCUGGGCACCUUCCUCUGGAGUUACGAAGUUUGAAUGCUGUAUUCGUGGACUCUUAAGGUUUGAGAUCAGCAUCAGGGAAACUUGGAAAUACUGAAAGGUGAAAUAAAGACUGUCGUUGACAUCCCCCUCUUGCUUUCUGCAAAGCCGUUAUUAUCUGCUUUGCUUAGGUGAGUCACCAGAAUGUCAGUCUUAACUGCCCAGUAUCUUUAUAUUCUACCAUUCCCAGAGUAUGUACUUAGAACUUUAAGUGUUUAUUUACAUUUGGCAUUGGUGGACCAGCCACUCUGAGUUCAUGGAUUAGUAGCUGAAGUUACUGAAACUUUACAAUUUAUUCUUGCUAGUCAUGAGCCUCUUUUGUGAUUAUCCCUGAGGAAAACACUUAAGAAUUUGCAAUCAUGGUCACCUGGGACCAUGUGUGGAGGUAAGCUUGUUCUUAAGUUCCUGAGAAGGAAUAAAGUAGGUGGAAUCAGUUUCUGUUUCUCAGAGAUAAAGCUUGUGCUUUGUGGUCACUUAGGGAAGAAGGGCAGAUAGUGCAUUUACAUGGCCUGCUUUUUGAGCAUAAGGCGAUUAAUAAAGUAUGUUAGAAUGGCUGAAAUGACACCAAAGAAAAACAAGUUUUUGCAGAACCGUAUUUUCAUUAAGUGGGAUGGAUAGCUGGGUGUGGUGGCAUGCAUUUCCAUUACUCAGGGAGGCCGAGGCAGACAGAUCUCUUGAGUUCUAGGCCAUCCUAGUCUAUAGUGAGUCCAGGACAGCCAAGGCUUCACCAAGAAAUCCUGUUUUGAAGCCAAAAACAAAAGUGGAUAGGAGCAUUUGCUGCUUUUCUAGAGAACCUAACUUUGAUUGCCAAGUUCACAGCCACCUUAACUCCAGAUCAGAUGCCUCUGACCUCCAUAGACACCGUUAUUCCACAUGGACAUACAAAUUUAAAUGUUUAACUUCAGGUGUGUAUUGGUAAAAUUCACUCGUUAUAGGUAUACAACCUAGUCAAAGCCAUGAGUAAUGACAAACAAUUUUGGAUGAUUGUACAGUCUAUACAAGAUGAAAGUCUCAAAAUCAAGAAUAUAAGACUAGUUACAGCAGGUCAUUGUCUUGGGAAUAGUUCUAGUACUGCAAGCCCCAGUGAUGGGACAAUAGGAUGUUUUUGCUUACUGAAAAGCAUUUUGUUCAGUUUGGUGUUAACCGCUGUCUGAACAAGAGUGAAUACAUUUCCUUAGCCUUGCUAUUCAUACAAAAGCCCAGUAGCCUCACCACGGUUGAACCGCUGACCUCUGGCCCAGCAAGGUCUGAGACUUGUUUCUAGAGUGUUGAGUGCUUUGGACAAGCAACACUGACGGUCUGUAUAGUCUCAGAAAACAUCAGAUAUUAUUGAUUCUCUAGGUAUCACUCAAGAUGGUUCUUGGUUCUUUAGUAAAGGGCUAUAUGGACAUUUCUUGUGUCUCUUUGUCUCAGCUUCAAAAGUACCCAGUCAGGGUCAGGUUGCUCAGUGGGUAAAAGUGCUUGAUGUCAAGCAUGAUGACCUGAGUUCAGUCCAUACAGCGAAAGGACAGUACUGACUGCAAUUUGUCCUUUGCAUAUAUAUGCACAUAAGUAAAAAUUUAAAAUUGCCCAAACUCCAAACUGUUUUGGGUUUAUAUUUUAUAGUAGGUAAGGAAGGUCACAAUAUUGGGGAAGAGGCCGUGUAUUCUAAAAUCGACCAACUUCAUAUGCUACCAUAACAUUGUUUCUAGACAGGAGAGUAAAGAGCCUUGGAUUUUGAAAGGUAGUAUGUUUGGACAGAAUGCGUAAUGUUUUUUCUUUGUGUUUUCAUUGUUUGGCCUAGCUUUGAGUCCACAAAUGUGAAUAAAAAUAAAACUGCCUUUUA